CGCACAAUUUCGUGUUCUUUGAGUUUACAAAGUUAGAGGAACUCUUUUGUGGAAAGAAAAAUGGCUGGAGGAGAAUAUUCACUUUUUCAGUCAUAUUAAUUUUUUUCUCACUCUCGGCGUCUUUCACUAUGAUGAACUACGAUCUGUGCUUGCGAGUAUUGUUUGGCCCCAUGGUAGUGGUUUCUGUGAUGGUGCUGAUGUUACCGCUGCUCGUGUACUGCAUAGGCCCAAGAGUUUCUCGUGUAUAGUCUAGCCUGGCCUUGCUUCCCGCUCCACGUGCACCUGGUUGCGAACUGUGGUGGACAUUCCGGCAUGUUAGUGAAAGGAAGAACAGUGGGAAUUGACGGUUAUACUUGAAAAAAAUAGACAAGCAAAGGGGGUUGAGAAUAGAUCAUAGUAAAGGGAUAAGUAAAUGAACUCCGAAAGUGUGACGAAAGAUCUUGUAAUGUGAAGGGUCCAGGACAUCAUCAGGCAUCAUGAGCAUGCUUUUCACUGGCCGGUACCGCUCGGGCAGCGGCAGCAGCAACAAUUACGAAACUUUACGAGAAGACAUGGGCGAGGAGGCCCUUUCCUCCACCUCCGACCUCGUCAACUCCACCGCCUCAGCCGACACCACAAGCUCCACCGUCUUUAUCCGUUCUGUGGACUUUGAGAAGGGGAGGCCCGCGUGGAGAGCCGACCUGCUGGCCGUGCUCUACAUAGCGCUGUACUGGUGCUACCUGUUCAGCGGGGCGGCGCUCUUCUCGCAGAUUGAAGGCCCCAUCGAGGAAGAGUUCAUCCUCACCCUUCGGCGCUCGAGAAUGGCCUUCCUUGAGGACCACCCUUGUAUAUCAGAUGAUGAUUUAGAGAAGCUGAUAGUGGACAUCAUCCAGGCCAACAAUCGCGGUGUCUCGGCCGCCAAGAACGUGACGAGCGAACCCAACUGGUCCUUCGGGCAGAGCUUCUUCUUCUCCAGCACUAUUGUCACCACGAUAGGCUAUGGCCACGUGCACCCGCUGUCGGAGGGCGGCAAGAUCUUCUGUAUCAUCUACGCCGUCAUUGGAAUUCCUAUGACGUUCAUCCUACUCACGGCGCUUGUAGAGCGGCUCCUCAUCCCCACUACGUGGCUCCUUUACUGGCUCAACUCCAAGCUCGGACACUUAUAUCAGCCCUUCAACAUCCGCGUGUUCCACCUGGCCAUCGUGGGCAUCAUCUCCUUGACCCUGUUCAUCGUGUUCCCAGCCCUUAUAUUCGCCAAGCUGGAGCCCGGAUGGAACUUCCUGGAUUCUCUUUAUUAUUGUUUCAUCUCUCUCACAACCAUCGGCCUAGGAGACUACAUCCCCGGGGACGCCAGAGACCAGCCCCUAAGGCCGCUCUACAAAGUCUGCAUCACAGGUUAUUUACUACUGGGACUCACCUUCGUGAUGCUGCUGCUUCACCUGUACAACGACAUUCCGCAACUAAACCUCGGCCUCUUCCUCCUGCGAAGCGCUGACACGACCCAGGCUGACCCGGAACGCAUGCGGCUCAGCGGCACUCAAGGACACACGCCUAAGUACACACAGCACAACGACCAACCAGUCCGGCAGAGUGUUAAGGUGGUGUCCAGGCCUGUUGAUUCACCAAGCCCAGAAGAGGACACUACUCCCGUCCAUGCACAGAUGCCUCCCAUCAUACCAGGAAAUCAGUGAAAUUUAUGCCUCUCCUGUUAUCUUUGGGCUUAAAUAAUCUGGUUCUCAUUUGUCUAGCGUCGUUACAGUGUAGUCAUUUGAAAGUUAAACUGAAAAUUAAAGUAUUUGCUUUGAGGGUCACCAAACUGUUUUGUGCCGAUAAUGAAAGCUUUGUAAUUUGGUGUAAUGCAUAAUUUGUGUAAGUUUGAUGACCAAACUUACCAGUUAUUUUUGUUACUUUGUGUUGUUAUGCUCAGUCCUUCCCAUGAUUGUUAAACUUCUUUUUAAAGAAGAAGAAAGAAAAGAGGAAGACAUCUGUAACUGGUGUUGUUAUUUGAAUAGAAAAUGUUUUUUUAUAAAUCUGAAAUUAGGUAAUUACUAAUUAUUCUCUUUGAAACUUCAUGUUCUUACUGAACCAGAUGUGUGAAGUAUUUUUUGUAAAUAUAUUUAAAAUAUUAUAUAUAUUAUCACAUUUCCUCACCUUCUGGAAGUAUAAAUGAGAAAGACAGACUGACCAAUGAGGAAAGUGUAAAGAUUUUUCUUUAUACAUAAAUGAUAUAAUUUCUUUUCUUUUUAAAAUAGAAAAGGAUCAUGUGUAAUUUACACACUGUUUGGAUAUUAUUUACUAUAAAAUGUUGCAUUAAUAGUUACUACUGUUUCUAGAAAUGAUUGCUGAGAGAUGGCACUGCUAACAGACAUUAAAAGAAAUAUAGUGAAACAAAACAGAGAGGAUCAUUCCCAAAUAUAGAAGACAAUGUUGUUAUAUUUUUGUUACAGUUUUUUCUUUAUUUUUUAUUUAUUUAUUUUUUUUUAUACACCACCAAAGAGAAAAAAAAUGUAGAAUAUAAUUUGCUCCUACUUAAUUUAGCAUACUGUCAGUCUGCAUAAAGCGAAAUGUUUCAUAAGGAACUAAAGUAAUUAUAAGGGAAAAUAAAAACAAGAAUAACAAUUGUUUCAAAUAAAAAUCUUCACAUUUAUAUAAGCUAGAAAAAAGACACGUUUUUAACUUUGCCUUAAAACCUCAUAUGGGGCAUAUUAUAUCUUCAUUUUAAACUUGAAGACAAGUAAAUGAAUACAAAUCAUAUAUGUUAUCAUGAAUAGCCAUAAGAUAUACCACAUGGGAUGAACCCAUCUGCAAAAUUGAUGCUUUGAUAGCAAUAUCAGAUAUUCAGUCAGAUAUCAUAUCCUUUAGACAAAUAAGAAAUGCAGAUACUAAAUUAAAGUAUACAAAAUUA